AUGAUGCAACAUCGCAUGCUGUCCAAAGACGAUGAAGUCGCCGUUGGCGGCGGCGAGGAUAACGAGGUUCGUCGCGAGGACCAAGAGAAGAUCAAUCGGUUCAGUCGACUGCAUCAGCGAGAAUCCGUACUGGAGGAGCAGUUGAAGGCGAAGCAGAAAGAUAAAGAAGAUCUAGAGGAAGUUUCAACGGAAUUGGAACUAGCUGAUGAGGAUGAAUUGGUUCCGUAUAAAAUCGGAGACUCAUUCUUUCAACUCCCUUUGGAAGAAGCACAGACUCUUCUCGCAACUUCCACGGAGCAGAUUGAUUCCGAGGUCUCGAGUUUGGAGGAUAAUCUGGGCGAUUUGCGCGACGAGAUGCAGCAGUUAAAGGUCGCGCUGUACGCGCGGUUUGGUCGGAGUAUUAACCUGGAAACUUGA